AUGCUGGACAGUGUCCCAGAAAAAAGGUUUCCAGUAUUUCAAGCUCACGGGUAAGUCUCUGUUUUUCCCUCCCCUUUCCCUCUUUCUUUUUCGUGUCUGCUAAAUUUAGUUUGACUCCCUCUCUCUGCAGCCAUUGCUCCAAACCUAAGUUUAGAUCUAAGAAAGACUGCAAGGCCUCUACCGUUACAAUAACUGACCAUUGAUUGUGUGAAAUGUGAGCAUUACCUAAAAGCCACUGGAGUAAAGGUUAAGUCAAGGUCCAUCAAAAUCCAUUAGCAUCCCACAGAGAUAAGGAAAAGCUUCCAGUUCUUUAUGAUUUGUUUCCUUUAACAACUCUGUUCUCUUUUCAGGUACUUUUGCCAACUUUUAGAUGGCCUUGAAUAUUUGCACAGCCAGGGAAUAGUUCACAAAGACAUUAAACCAGGGAAUCUGCUGCUGACCACAGACGGGGCGCUUAAAAUCUCGGACCUGGGAGUAGCAGAGGUGAGCAUGAGUUUCAGCACCUUGGGUGGUUUGAAAUGAGAUUUUUAACAUCGCCAUUCAUUAUUUUUGUUUUUUAUUCUAAUAAUAUUCACUUAGUUUAAAAUAGAAGUCUACUUGUGUGUUUCUCUGAGUUAAAAAAUGGAUUGUCAAUCUCCUUAAAAGUGCAAAAUAAUUACCAAACAGAAACAUCCAGCUCUGUCCCUCGUUGCUGGAGACUUUUUUUUGUCUAGUUUAGAACUUUUAAGGUCCAAGAUGUACAGCCUUACUUCAUAGUUUUCCAUUUCAAAUAGAGUAACACAACUUGGCCAUAGUUAAGGAAGCUUCUGGGAUGCUGGACGGCUAAUGGAGACAGUGGUUGGACCCUCUGAAGUUUGUAUUAAUUGAUGGGUUUCAAAAGCUAUAAGACCCCAUGAAUAGUAUUUAUUUGAAUGAAUCAGAUAUUUAUCUAGUAAAUGAUAUAUACAGCAAAUCACACAAUGUCACACAUUUUACAGUUGAUGCCAUUUUUAUCAUCAAAUUCUGAGACUUUGCUUGUGUUUUCUGCAAUGCGUCAUACAACGCAAGGAGGGUAAGCCCCGGGAGGUCAUGGCUGAAAAGGCUGGCUGUUUGCAGAGCUGUAUUGAAGCAUAUUAAUGGAAAGUUGACUGGAAAGUGUGGUUGGAUAAGGUGCACAAGCAACAGGGCUGACUGCAGCUUGGAAAACCAAUUUCAUGCAGAGUUCUUCAAGUGGAAAUAGCCUCCACUUUUACAUUCCCAAUAUUAAGUCCCUCCUGGACCAGAGACACUGUCAUUUUUUAUUCAGGCAGGUCCAAGGUGUCUGAUGUGCUGUGUAAAAUGUUUGCUGUUUUUGAUCAUUUGGGGCACCAUGUCAUCUGCUGCUGUCGGUCCACAGAGAUUUAUUAAGUCCAGAGUCACUGCAGCCUAACAGGAGAUUUCUCUGCUGAGGCGCUUUAUGGAGAUGCUGAUUUCCCUUUCCAGCAGGACGAGAGCCUGCUUCUUGGAAUUCAAACUGUUGUUAAUAAGUUGAAUCACUAUCUCGAUUUCAUGCUGUUUUCAGGCCCUUCACCCAUUUGCAGAGGACGACACAUGUCGCACCAGUCAGGGCUCUCCGGCUUUCCAGCCUCCAGAGAUCGCCAACGGACUGGACACCUUUUCAGGGUUUAAAGUGGACAUUUGGUCUGCUGGAGUAACACUGUGAGUAGACAGAGACGGUUUUCAAACUGCACAGCAUUUUAAAAGACUCAACGUCAGCUUAAGUGGCAUUUGUUCCUCCCGACACAAUCAAAUAUCAAGAGACUGCUACAGAAAAACAUUCAUUUUUACUGUCCCUCUUAUCAGAAGCUGAAUUUUUUCCUGGAGUUAGACAGUCCGGCUGAUUAUCAGUCAUCUGUUUUCUAUAUUUGUCACACAUUUAUGUUCCUAUUUAACCAUUUCACAAGUAGUGCGUCACUGUGACUCAAGGAGCAGCAUAUAAAAAAUAAAAUAAAUAAAAAUAAAAAAUAAAUUAUACAGCUAGAUAUGACCAGAGCUGUGGUUAUAAAAUGCCAAAAUAAACUCCUGCUGAAUUCUAGCGGCCUGUGGAUUACAGCAUAAAUCAGAUAAUCGCAGCAUAAUGCCAGACUGUGUGACUCCAGUGUGUCAGCAGCUCUGACACUCUGCCCUGGUGUGGACUGUCAGUGAAGUCACUGAAAGCACUUGGGUGCAGCUGAUGAUGCAACCUCCGCUAACGUCAUCCACCCUGUCUGAGUCUACCCGUGAUGAUGAUGUCAGCAGCUGUUCUGAGCAUGAGCCAGUAAAAGGGGGAGUUUAUAACAUGACAUUCAUGCAGGAGGAUCCACAGGUCACACAUGACAAAUAGAAAUAGUCAAAGCUCAUCCAUCUUGACUGAUAAAACUCUGUGUCUAUGAGCUUUUUGAACUUUAUACUUGGUUCGUGAUACACUAACAGAAUUUAUCAACUCUGCUUCACUCCAUACAGAUACAAUAUUACAACUAGUCUGUAUCCAUUUGAGGGGGACAACAUCUAUAAGCUAUUCGAGAACAUUGGAAAAGGCGACUACACUAUCCCCGAGGAGUGUGGACCCCUCCUGUCGGACCUGCUGCGAGGUGAGUGCGCCUCAACAGACUACAUCAUGCAUCACUUUGAAGAAGUGGACAGGUUUGCCCCAAUUUCAGCUUUGAUAUUGUGUUGCAUCACAAAUAAGGGGGGACUUUUUUGUCAGGUUUAUAACAGCAUUAAUACAUUAAAAAAAACCCUGUCCAGUAAUGCUGUGGUGUUUUCCGUGAUGUCCAGUAGGUGGUGCUGUAACAUUUUAAAGCCACUAUUACUCCUCAGCACAGGAGGCUCCCCCCGAACUGAAGAAAUCCCUUCAGCUGUUGACGUAGUUUCCAUUGAUCUUGAGUCACUGGCUGAAUACUAAAGACCUCAGUCAGGCAUUGCUGUCCACAGAGAGAAAUACUGCACUGCUCCUGCCGCUGAGUCUUUUACUGUGAAAUGAAGAACAAACUGAAUAUCGAUAAAAUCCAAACAAAAGGUUGAAAAUAUCACUCCAGUAAAGCAAAUCAUCCAUCCAUCCAUCCAUCCCGUCUUUAUUUGUGUCAUAGAGAGGUGUUUUGAAUAGUACCUCCUUCUCUGUAAAGUGAGAGCAGAACCGUGACUAAGGUGGAAAAAAAAAAACACACAUUCUGGUGCUGUGAUAACUCACCAGCCCCCCCAUCCCCCAUUUUGUGUAAGCGUGUGACGUCUCUGUGUGAUGACGCAGCACCUAAGAGAUAGUCAGUCCAUAAUUACAUGGUCUAAAAUAAGCCCAGCACCACAAAAGGUGUCCUUCAGCAGGCACAGCACUACUAUCAGCACUCUGCAUGCUGCCCCUCUCUGCCUGCUGGGAGACAAUUACAUUACUAGGUCUGGAUAGGCACUGCAUCACUGCCACCUUAUCACUCUGACACUCUGCUUUUCCCACAGAAUCAAGCCACAUUAUGAUAAUUAAGGAACAAAAUCUUCUUUACACUGGUACAGCUGUUAGGCUGCUCAUAUUGAUGUUUUUUUACUGUACCUCAUUGACUCCGAGCUUUGCAAGACGCCUCAAGGCACAGUGAUAAAUGAGAUAACUCGCGUUAAUUUAUCUCCCCCGGGUGAGUUUAUCAUCUGUGUGCAGUUACCUCGACUCGCAGCCUCUGCAGCCUCCCACAAGUUUCUGCUCUACACUCGACAGAGAGAUCUGAGCGCUGAAAAUGUGCAGGAUUGUUUUGAUUCAGCUGACCUUUUGUGACGUUUGUUUGUCAGGAAUGCUUGAGUACGACCCCGCCAAGAGGUUUUCCAUACAGAACAUAAGGCAACACAAGUGAGUGUUUUUGUAAGAAGUCAGCUCAAAAGAUUCACAUUUAAAAUAGUUAUUUUAAAGAAGUAUCAGGCUGAUUUGUUUCCAACAUCCUAAUUUUUAUCCCACCUGUUCCUACCAGCUGGGUGCGCAAGAAACAUCCCCCGUCUGAGCCCCCAGUGCCCAUCCCUGCCAGCGCAGAGAGCAGGGAUCCCUGGCGGAGUAUGACAGUGGUGCCCUACCUGGAGGAUUUGCACGGCUACACAGAGGAGGACGACGACGAGCUCUACGAUGGAGAGGAUGAGAUCAUAUACACUCAGGACUUCACAGUGCCAGGUGAGGACAAACUCGCACUGUUAACAGCUGAACUGAAGCCACAUAGUUUUGGGGGUCUUUGGUUAUAUUUCUCCAAAAUUUUGUUUUAGAGAUAAUGGAUGCGGUGUCUUAUUUUAAGACUCACAUUCAUCCUGUUUGACUUUGAGGAGAUAAAGAGCUGUCUUUUUCUCUGCUGUCUCAUUGUCAGCAGCUUCCUCCUCUUCAGUGACAAGACUGUCUCGCUUACAAAUGCGUUGCAGAAAAGACAUUGCAGCUGCAGACCAUCACCUGACUACUUAAUUAUUUCCCAAAACGUUGUUUGAAGACAACAAAAUUCUAUCAGGAAUUAUUUUAUUUAUAAUAUGUAUGUAUAUGUAUAAUAAAAAUCGGUUAAACUGUAUCCAUUUUCAACCAAAGCGUUAGAGUGAGAAAAGAUAGAGUAGUGCUCGGGCAGAAACAGGCGUAGAGAACAAAUCUGAAUCAAAGAAUUAAGCUUCAAAUACAAAAAUCCAAUCCCCAGAGAACCAUCAGAGGAGGCUUGAAGCUAUUUUUGUAGCUGGGUGUGUUCUCUGUCCUGUGUGCGUGCCAUCUUUGACUUACUCUCAGUGAAACUCAUGGUAGAAAACUUUUCAGUGUCUGUUAAUUAUCUUUUUAAUUCUGAUCCAAGUUUAAGGUUUUGUCAUUUAAACAUCGGACUAUGUUUUAUUUUUCACACUAUUUACCUUCUGCAGUCGUUUAAAGUACCACAAUACACCAAACUCCUAAACUGCAAAAGUGCAAAGUAGGGCUGGGUGAAAUGGCCUCAAAUCAAUAUCACAAUAUAUUGAGCAGUUCACCUCGAUAACAAUGAUAACUCCUCCACAAGCUGCUCACCCUCUCCACAUUACUUCAGCUGCUACAACUUUUGAACCGUCCUCCAUCUCCUCACCUGUCUUUCCCUCUUUGUUACGGACUAGAUGGGGUGGAGUCACAUCUCUGACAUAGGACAGCGCCUUAAAGGGACAUGAGACCAUAGCCUACCUACAAACAUCCAAAACCAACUUUUAUUUAUUCAUUUAUUCGACAAAGAAUAUAGAGACAUGGGCAAGAUGACGUCGGUUAUUGUCGUAAAUUUUAGUAUUUGUACAUUUUUUCGGUUUAUCGCCCAGCCCUAGUGCAAAGUAAAGGCAUUCAUAAAUGCUGGUGGAUCUUCUAACUAGAGUUUACAGAGAUGAUUAUUCGGACAUCCCGUUUUUUUUGCUGCUCUGUUAUUCUAAGUUGAUUGUUAGAGAUGCAGCUUUGUAGGCUACACAUUGUUCUACAUGCAACAACAAACAGCUUUGGUCAACAGUGACUUAAUUUUGACUUCAUGUUCAAUUUCAACCUUCAAACGCUUCAGUCUAAUUCCAGGAUCAGGGUUCCUACACAAGUAUGGAAAAUAUGGAAAAGUAUGGAACAAAUUUGAUCAAUUUCCAGGUCAUUAAAAAGCAUGGAAAAUGAAAUAUGGAAAAAUAUGUAUGUUUCCAGACUUUUACCGCAGUUCUAAAAUACUGUCUUCAGAAAUAGAAAAGUAGGUAUUUCAAAAAAUAAUUCUGAAAAGUAUGGAAAUUCCAAAUGUGUAGGAACCCUGCAGGAUGGUAGUAUGAGAGGAGCACAGUUUUUUUCCAGAUGUAUACCGUGAAUGUUGUUGCAGCUAUAAUGUGAUUGCAUAACAAGACAUAUCCUUAGAUGCCUGCUGUAAUAGGACUUCAUGUCCUUUACUCUCAGUGUAAUGUCACAAAAAGCAGAGCUCUUUACAGGAUGUAGAAACUUUUCCAGAUUGCUGCCUGACUUUGGGUUAAAUUUGAUCAAAUCUUGUCUCCCAACUUGUCUUUCUAUCUUUUCCCCCAAAUUCAGAUCCUUUGUCUGUUCCUAGGCAACAGCCAUUUCUAACCCCUGCAGUAGACUGUGUCGGGUAUCAAGAAGCGCUGCCCCACACAAAAACCACACAGAGAUGCAGAAUGUGAAUGAAGUGGUCUAAAAAUAGCCCAGUACAAGAGGUUUUGAUGUGGGAGUCUGAAUGGUUUUUCCAGGAUCCACUCCCACACGCCGCGGGCUGUCGCUCACUUAAUGCUGCAAUAAUAGUGUGUGUGGUAAUAAAGACAAACACCUGCUUGAGCUGGUGUUUUUCUCUCACAGGAAAUUGGUUCUUGCCGUGUAAGGGUUUUUUCUUUUUUUUUUUACAGUGUGGGAAGACAUUUAAAGUUUCAGGCUCAUGCACCUGCGUCUGAAAUUAAAAGCCACAUUAAGGUUCAGGUAGAUUGUUUCAGUCAGCAGGUUUCCUGUUGUUGAGUAUCUCAUGUUUUUUUGUCACGGUUUUAUGACCUGACAUUUUGCUUCUCCUGCGGACUAAUUACCUUUCUAAAGGUCUCCUCGUAAAAACCCAGUUUUCUGCAGCGAUUGUUUAUUUUACAAAUGUUCACGUCCUCAUGUUGAAAACCUGUGUGAGAGCGUGUUCUCAGACAGUAUACCAAAUGUGUUUUCAGGACAAGUGGCCGAAGAAGAUCUGGAUCCGGGGCAUGCGGACCACAGUCCACCACUGUCCAAGCCGGUUUGUGUGAACGGCACAGAGGGGGGAGCUCUAAACAGCAAGGCCAAAGCUGAGCGCAGAUCCUCCUCUUCAUCCAACCCCUCACGUAAAGGAGUCUCCACGGCCAGCAAGAUCCGCAAGCUCUCCACCUGCAAACAGCAAUGA